AUGGGCUUCCAGUCCGAGCAGCGCACCCUGUGGCAGUCCCCGGAGGUCUACGCGCGGAUGGCGCCCUUCAUGAUGGCCGACAAGAUCAGCAAGCCGCUGCUGCUGGUGCACGGCGACGCGGACAACAACCCGGGCACGCACACCAUGCAGAGCGAGCGCAUGUACGCCGCGCUCAAGGGCCACGGCUGCCCCACCAGGCUGGUGCUGCUGCCGCACGAGAGCCACUCCUAUGCCGCGCGCGAGAGCGUACUGCACUGCCUGUACGAGCAGGACCAGUGGCUGGAGCGGUACGCCGGCUACGGCAGGGUGGACCCCGAUUACGCCGCCCCCAGCGGUACGGCGAGUGAAGCCACCACCGACACGGAGUGA